AUGCUCGAAGGACUUAGACUUUCAUACGGCGCCAGCUCAAGAUUACAGCGUAUCGCUCCAGACCGCAACCUCCAGUUUCAAGAAUGGUCCAUCCCAGCAGGGACACCCAUUGGCAUGAGCACUGCCCUACUCCACCACAAUGAGAAGAACUUCCCCGACUCGCACGAGUUUAUCCCCGAGAGAUGGCUAGACCCGGAAAAGCGCAAGCACCUGGAGAAAUAUAUGGUGUCGUUCAACAAGGGAUCACGACAGUGCGUUGGGAUGAACCUCGCACGCUCAGAGAUUCUCCUGGCUCUGCCCAAUAUCGUCCGCCGCCUGGAUCUAGAGUUGUACGAAACGACGCGCGAGGAUGUAACACUCGCCCACGAUCUUUUUCUGCCUUUCGCGCGGGAGGGAAGGAAAGGCGUUCGUGUUUUAGUAGGAUAG